CCUCGAUAAAGGAAAGUGGCUGUUAGCUGAAUCUGAUGAGAACAGUGUAGACGAUGGCUUCUGCUGCCACCGUCACUUUGUUUCUGCUCUGCUGCGUCUUCACUGCCUUCACAGACUCUCAGGAUGUUUGUGAUCUGUAUGCUGCAACAGGCACAAAUGUUACUGUGCCCCUUAGAUACACUUUGAAGGAAUCGGAUAACCUGAAAUGGCUCAAGGAUGCAACAGUAAUCUUCUAUCGCAGAAAUAAAAAGGUGAUCACAGGGAAAAAGGAUGAUGUUGAUUCAACUGGAUCACUGAAGCUGACACAACUGACGACAAAUAACAGAGGACGAUACACCCCAGAGGUUCACCAUGCAGAUGGAAGGAUUGCAGGGGAUUUACAGAGUGUGCGUUUGUGUGUAUUAGACCGUGUGCAGAAGCCCAAAGUGACGAUGACGUGUCUCGACUCUAAGAAAAACGUCCGUUUUACUUGCAGUGUUGGUCAGAAUGAGAAACUUGAAUGGUUUAUGGAUGAUGAAAAGUUGGCAGAAAACAAGAAGAUGCUGAUGAGAGCAGCCAGUGACGUGGUAACCUCCCGUUUCUCUUGCAAAGUUUCAAACCCCGUCAGCUCUGAGAUCAGUCUGCCUGUUCAACAAAACUGCUAUGAGCCCUACUCUCAGGAUGUUUGUGAUCUGUAUGCUGCAACAGGCACAAAUGUUACUGUGCCCCUUAGAUACACUUUGAAGGAAUCAGAUAACCUGAAAUGGCUCAAGGAUGGAACAGUAAUCUUUAUGCGCAGAAAUAAAAAGGUGAUCAUAGGGAAAAAGGAUGAUGUUGAUUCAACUGGAUCACUGAAGCUGACACAACUGAAAACAAAUAACAGAGGACGAUACACCCCAGAGGUUCACAAUGCAGAUGGAGUGAGUGCAGGGGAUUUACAGAGUGUGCGUUUGUGUGUAUUAGACUCUCAGGAUGUUUGUGAUCUGUAUGCUGCAACAGGCACAAAUGUUACUGUGCCCCUUAGAUACACUUUGAAGGAAACGGAUAACCUGAAAUGGCUCAAGGAUGGAACAGUAAUCUUCCAUCGCAGAAAUAAAAAGGUGAUCACAGGGAAAAAGGAUGAUGUUGAUUCAACUGGAUCACUGAAGCUGACACAACUGACGACAAAUAACAGAGGACGAUACACCCCAGAGGUUCAUGGUGCAGAUGGAGUGAGUGCAGGGGAUUUACAGAGUGUGCGUUUGUGUGUAUUAGACCGUGUGCAGAAGCCCACAGUGAUGAUGACGUGUCUCGACUCUAAGAAAAACGUCCGUUUUACUUGCAGUGUUGGUCAGAAUGAGAACUUUGAAUGGUUUAUGGAUGAUGAAAAGUUGGCAGAAAAAGAGACGACGCUGAUGAGAGCAGCCAGUGACGUGGUAACCUCCCGUUUCUCUUGCAAUGUUUCAAACCCCGUCAGCGCUGAGAUCAGUCUGCCUGUUCAACAAAACUGCUAUGAGCCCUACUCUCAGGAUGUUUGUGAUCUGUAUGCUGCAACAGGCACAAAUGUUACUGUGCCCCUUAGAUACACUUUGAAGGAAUCGGAUAACCUGAAAUGGCUCAAGGAUGGAACAGUAAGCUUUAUGCGCAGAAAUAAAAAGGUGAUCAUAGGGAAAAAGGAUGAUGUUGAUUCAACUGGAUCACUGAAGCUGACACAACUGACGACAAAUAACAGAGGACGAUACACCCCAGAGGUUCAUGGUGCAGAUGGAGUGAGUGCAGGGGAUUUACAGAGUGUGCGUUUGUGUGUAUUAGACUCUCAGGAUGUUUGUGAUCUGUAUACUGCAACAGGCACAAAUGUUACUGUGCCCCUUAGAUACACUUUGAAGGAAACGGAUAACCUGAAAUGGCUCAAGGAUGGAACAGUAAUCUUCCAUCGCAGAAAUAAAAAGGUGAUCAUAGGGAAAAAGGAUGAUGUUGAUUCAACUGGAUCACUGAAGCUGACACAACUGACGACAAAUAACAGAGGACGAUACACCCCAGAGGUUCAUGGUGCAGAUGGAGUGAGUGCAGGGGAUUUACAGAGUGUGCGUUUGUGUGUAUUAGACCGUGUGCAGAAGCCCACAGUGACGAUGACGUGUCUCGACUCUAAGAAAAACGUCCGUUUUACUUGCAGUGUUGGUCAGAAUGAGAACUUUGAAUGGUUUAUGGAUGAUGAAAAGUUGGCAGAAAAAGAGACGACGCUGAUGAGAGCAGUCAGUGACGUGGUAACCUCCCGUUUCUCUUGCAAUGUUUCAAACCCCGUCAGCGCUGAGAUCAGUCUGCCUGUUCAACAAAACUGCUAUGAGCCCUACUCUCAGGAUGUUUGUGAUCUGUAUGCUGCAACAGGCACAAAUGUUACUGUGCCCCUUAGAUACACUUUGAAGGAAUCGGAUAACCUGAAAUGGCUCAAGGAUGGAACAGUAAGCUUUAUGCGCAGAAAUAAAAAGGUGAUCAUAGGGAAAAAGGAUGAUGUUGAUUCAACUGGAUCACUGAAGCUGACACAACUGAAAACAAAUAACAGAGGACGAUACACCCCAGAGGUUCAUGGUGCAGAUGGAGUGAGUGCAGGGGAUUUACAGAGUGUGCGUUUGUGUGUAUUAGACCGUGUGCAGAAGCCCACAGUGACGAUGACGUGUCUCGACUCUAAGAAAAACGUCCGUUUUACUUGCAGUGUUGGUCAGAAUGAGAACUUUGAAUGGUUUAUGGAUGAUGAAAAGUUGGCAGAAAAAGAGACGACGCUGAUGAGAGCAGCCAGUGACGUGGUAACCUCCCGUUUCUCUUGCAAUGUUUCAAACCCCGUCAGCGCUGAGAUCAGUCUGCCUGUUCAACAAAACUGCUAUGAGCCCUACUCUCAGGAUGUUUGUGAUCUGUAUGCUGCAACAGGCACAAAUGUUACUGUGCCCCUUAGAUACACUUUGAAGGAAUCGGAUAACCUGAAAUGGCUCAAGGAUGGAACAGUAAGCUUUAUGCGCAGAAAUAAAAAGGUGAUCAUAGGGAAAAAGGAUGAUGUUGAUUCAACUGGAUCACUGAAGCUGACACAACUGAAAACAAAUAACAGAGGACGAUACACCCCAGAGGUUCACAAUGCAGAUGGAGUGAGUGCAGGGGAUUUACAGAGUGUGCGUUUGUGUGUAUUAGACCGUGUGCAGAAGCCCACAGUGACGAUGACGUGUCUCGACUCUAAGAAAAACGUCCGUUUUACUUGCAGUGUUGGUCAGAAUGAGAACUUUGAAUGGUUUAUGGAUGAUGAAAAGUUGGCAGAAAAAGAGACGACGCUGAUGAGAGCAGCCAGUGACGUGGUAACCUCCCGUUUCUCUUGCAAUGUUUCAAACCCCGUCAGCGCUGAGAUCAGUCUGCCUGUUCAACAAAACUGCUAUGAGCCCUACUCUCAGGAUGUUUGUGAUCUGUAUGCUGCAACAGGCACAAAUGUUACUGUGCCCCUUAGAUACACUUUGAAGGAAUCGGAUAACCUGAAAUGGCUCAAGGAUGGAACAGUAAGCUUUAUGCGCAGAAAUAAAAAGGUGAUCAUAGGGAAAAAGGAUGAUGUUGAUUCAACUGGAUCACUGAAGCUGACACAACUGACGACAAAUAACAGAGGACGAUACACCCCAGAGGUUCAUGGUGCAGAUGGAGUGAGUGCAGGGGAUUUACAGAGUGUGCGUUUGUGUGUAUUAGACCGUGUGCAGAAGCCCACAGUGACGAUGACGUGUCUCGACUCUAAGAAAAACGUCCGUUUUACUUGCAGUGUUGGUCAGAAUGAGAAACUUGAAUGGUUUAUGGAUGAUGAAAAGUUGGCAGAAAACAAGAAGAUGCUGAUGAGAGCAGCCAGUGACGUGGUAACCUCCCGUUUCUCUUGCAAAGUUUCAAACCCCGUCAGCUCUGAGAUCAGUCUGCCUGUUCAACAAAACUGCUAUGAGCCCUUGUUCCCUGAUAAACUGUGGGGAAUCAGUAUCUGGGUUUUCGUGGGUGGAGGAGCAGGUAUUGUUCUGAUACUGAGCCUAAUUGUCAUCAUUUGUUGAAUCCACACCAGAAGAAAACAGCAUAUGAGACUAAAGGAUGAAGGAGAGAUUUAUUUGCAGUGGAACAAUCAAGAACAGGAACAGGAACAUCCUCAUUAUUAUGAACAUCAGCAGCAGCAGCAGCAGCCGGCCGGCAACACCGACAAAACUGCUGGAAACAGCAACCCGCCCAGCAGGGCCCCAGAACCCGGCACCUGUGCACACUGCGGUCUGAAGAGAGACGACAGGAAGUAAUAAAAUUAUCAGUAAAUUCUCACCAAAAAAUGUUUAUACGUUCUGUGGUACUCAUGUAGACACCUUUGUAAAAAACUCUGAUGCUUUAUGUUUGUGCAUUUAGAGCUUCUUGUUUACAACUUUUGUUGUUUCUUUUGUUUUCUAUGAGGAGGGUUCAUGUUGUAGAUUUGCUGUU